AUGGCUGACAACAACAACAACAACAACAACGUCAACGUCCCUAACCCCGACCCUUUCCAACUGGACCCUCUCAUCAACGGCUCCGCCCCCGAGGGGACGAAUCGACAUCGGCGAGAGGGACGACAGCAUACCGCCGACGGGCAUGGGAGACAGAGGCAUGAGACCUCGCAACCCAACAGAAGACAACAACCUCAAAACCCCGAGCAAGCUCUAAACGAUGGGAACGAGCAGCCUCAAUUCCAGAACGGACCAGAGCAGGUCCAAAACCUGAACGAAACUGACGCUAGAGACGGGCAGGUUGCCUCCUCGUUCACUCAUACUUCUGAGACGCGAAGAGUCCAAUACGAAGACGACCAAGAGCAAGUCGAUGUCCCCGAGGAAUCCAACUCCACCACCGUCCUCUUGCUCAAAGAACUGCAAAAGACCAACCGCCUCAUCCGGCUUCAAGGCGAUCACAUUGACGAGCUGGAAAGGAAGCGACGGUAUCGUUCCCCUUCGCGGAGACACUACCGAUCGCGUUCUUACUCUUCCUCGCGCUCACCACCGCGAAGAUAUCGCCGAUGUUCCCCGUCCUCUUCACGCUCCCCGCCUAGAAGGUAUCGUCGUCAGAGGUCAUAUUCCCGUUCCCCCCCACGAAAGGGCAAGGGGAAUCAGAAUCCCGAAGCCACAGAAGCUGGGAGCCUCUCCCCCGAGCGAGAACCCCGAGGCCCCUCCAAAGCUAUGUUGAAGCCCCGCGAGCGUUCGUCUCCCCGGGACAACCCCAAAAAGCCGGGAAAAACACAAGUGAAAUCCCGGUGA